CGAUCAGACAAAGCAUGGCAGCGUCACAUGACGCGGCAGCAGCAGCUGGAGCGGCUGGAGCAGCUAGCGGCCAGUUGUUUGCCGGUGCUGAUGAUGCGUUUGUCAGCGGACGCCGCCGUGUUGGCUGAGGCUGUCAACCCGAACCCGCCCGGCAGGAAGGAGGAACGAGGCAUCGCCCGCGCAGAUUCAGGGGCGGCCUUGUCGGUGAGUUUUGAACAUAGGGAAGGGAUCGCCGAGGAACUUUCCCCAGCAACUAGGAACGUUUCACAGCAUUACCAUCGAGGAUUCCACGAAGAUGAAUGGCCACUCCAUCUUGGAGCCACCCAAGGAGAGCAUGCAGCUGAAGAAGGAGAUCUCGCUGCUCAACGGAGUCAGCCUCAUCGUGGGCAACAUGAUUGGCUCGGGCAUCUUCGUGUCCCCCAAGGGCGUGCUGAUCUACAGCGCGUCGUACGGGCUGUCGCUGGUCAUCUGGGUGAUCGGCGGCCUGUUCUCCGUGGUGGGCGCCCUCUGCUACGCCGAGCUGGGCACCACCAUCACCAAGUCAGGGGCUUCCUACGCGUACAUCCUGGAGUCGUUCGGCGGCUUCCUGGCGUUCAUUCGCCUGUGGACGUCCCUGCUGAUCAUCGAGCCCACCAGCCAGGCGGUCAUAGCCAUCACGUUUGCGAACUACCUGGUGCAGCCACUCUUCCCGACGUGCGAGCCCCCAUAUGUGGCGUCCCGGCUCCUCGCCGCAGCGUGUUUGUGCCUGCUGACGUUCAUCAACUCUGCCUACGUGAAGUGGGGCACCCGUGUGCAGGACGUCUUCACCUACGCCAAGGUGGUGGCCCUCAUCGUCAUCAUUGCCACUGGCAUCGUCAAGCUGUGCCAGGGUUACACAACCAACUUUGAAUCCUCCUUCGAGGGGUCGUCUACCGACCCCGGCGACAUCGCGCUGGCGCUCUACUCUGCCCUCUUCUCUUACUCCGGCUGGGACACCCUCAACUUUGUCACAGAGGAGAUCAAAAACCCUGAGAGGAACCUUCCCUUGGCGAUCGCCAUCUCCAUGCCCAUCGUCACCAUCAUCUACAUCCUCACCAACGUGGCCUACUACGCCGUCCUGGACAUCAGCGCCAUACUGGCCAGCGAUGCGGUGGCGGUGACAUUUGCAGAUCACACUCUCGGCGUGAUGGCCUGGACCAUCCCCAUCGCUGUGGCUUUGUCGUGCUACGGAGGCCUCAACGCCUCCAUUAUCUCCGCAUCCAGGCUGUUCUUCGUGGGCUCGCGCGAGGGUCACCUUCCAAACACCCUCUCCAUGAUCCACAUCCAGAGAUUCACUCCGAUCCCCGCGUUGCUCUUCAAUUGCGUGAUGUCGCUGAUCUACCUGACGGUGGAGGACGUCUUCCAGCUCAUCAACUACUACAGCUUCAGCUACUGGUUCUUCAUGGGGCUGUCCAUCGCCGGGCAGAUCUACCUCCGCUGGAAGGAGCCCAACAGACCCAGACCGCUCAAGUUGACUCUAUUAUACCCAGUGGUGUUCUGUCUGUGCACCGUCUUCCUGGUGGCGGUGCCGCUAUACAGCGACACGGUCAACUCCCUGAUAGGCAUCGGCAUCGCCCUAUCGGGCGUUCCCGUCUACUUCCUGUGCAUCCACCUACCAGAGUCCAGGCGGCCGGCAUUCGUCACCGAGUUGCUGCGUUCUCUGACUCACUUCACCCAGUACACCUGCUACUGCGUGCUCACAGAUACGGACAAAAGCGAAUAACAACCUGGCACGUUUCAGAACUCUUACCCAGCAGUCGCUAGUCGCCCUGAAAAAGCUGAAGGUCGCCAGGGAAACCAGACAAGGGCUUCUGCUGUAAAAACAAAAAAAGGAACGUACACCACUGAGGCUCUCAGACUUUCAGUACAACACUGAAAAAUGCUGCCUGGAAUUCAAUGACCAAUGCGACGAUGUCAAGAAGAUGGAGACAGCUCAUAUUGUCCGUUUCAUUUCUUCCUCUCACGAUUAAACGGCCUGCAUUCGUAAAUGAUUCGCCCUCUGGGUUACCAAAUAACUAAAUGUUUAGUUGUUUGGUACAUAAAAUGGUGAAAAAUGUCAAUCAUGUCUAACAAAACCAAAAGAUAAUGUUUUGUUUCGUCCACACACCAAAGAUACUUAGUUAACGGUCGUAGAGGAGCAAAGAAACCACAAAAUAUUGAAGAACGCUUGAGAAGCUGUAAGAGAAUUUUGACUUUUUUUUCUGAACAAAAACCACUUGAACUGAUUAUCAAAAUAGUUGAUUAGUUUAUUAAAUGUUGCAGCUUUAAGACUUAAUGACACUUCACAAACCUACCUCAUACAAAUGACAUGCAAACCCCCUGGAUAGUAACUCAGACUUUCCACCAGUUUUACAGGUUUGCCUCUACUUUUUUCCUCCUGUUAAAGAACAUUGUUUAAAUAAAGACAUUUUCAGUGGUG